GGGACUCGUAUAAAAUUCGGACACCCCCGUUUUAAAAAGAAGUGCCUCGUAGACCUUACCAUCUCGGUUCACACCGUACAUCUUGGGGAUCGGGGUUCUAUUGGUUUUAAACGGGAUAAUGUGGCUACUGCGUCGCGCUUGUUUCCCGGGUUUUUGCCGCUUUGAUUUUUGUGGUAUGGUCCAGUUGGGACUCCGAACCUGAAGGGUCAAAGCAGGGGGGACGGGGUAUUAAAAUCGUUGUCAACCCGGGUUUAUAUUUGUACCCCAAAACAGCACGGUGUUUUCCACAAUGCAUGCAAAGUACCGCUGUGCACUUUUGACUCCAUUUUCCUCCGUGUAUGCCCGUACACACGCGUCCUCGAAUCUUCAGUACCCCCGCAAUAAUAUUAGACUGACCGUUCUGGGCGAGGACGCGAUUGCUUGCUGAUUUAUAUUGGUUUAACGAGAGCUGAGUAACAUAGCCUAGCCCUGCAAACUUUGCAAAUGUUCGCUGACGAGAGGAUGCGAUCAGGCGAAUUUAUGAAAUCGGAAAUAUAACCACCAAAUUGUGUUAAAUGUCAUGUUUUAUGGUUGCAGCUGAUUAGCCAGCCUUAACGCUAACGGCAGUUUGCAAUGCAAAGCAAGACCUUCCUAUUCAAAUUGCAGCACAUAAAAUUUUAUUGCAUGAAAAAUGCUAGCUAACCAGCCUACUAUAACCCUUCUGUUGGGCCCUUGUGAUGCCAGCUAUAGGGCUUUACUGCCAUCCCAAAGGCGAAUCAUACCCUCAUAACCCGCAAUGCACGCAGGAGAGGACACUCGCCCUCUGCAGGUGUGCCAGGCAUCAGGUGAAGGAGGUGACGGCAGGUCUGCCUGGCUGGGGGGGGUUGCCAUGGAGACCAAGCAAGAAGCAUCCCCAGUGUGGAACCAGACGGCAAACAGCGAGCCAGGCAAUGGCACACAGGUGCACUUCGAGGGUGGCACAGUGGCGCAGAUCCUGUACAGCGGAGAGCAGCAGGAUCGGGCGCAGCAGCAGGUGGUGUACACGGCCGAUGGGAACUCCUACACCUCCGUGGAGUCGGCCGAGCACACGCUGGUCUACAUCCACCCGGCCGACGGGUCACAGGCUGUGUUUUCUGACCAGCCCCAGGUGGCGUACAUACAGCAGGACGGCACCACACAACAGGUGACCGUGCUGCUGCCCGGCGGGCAGAACAUGAACCCCGGCAGUCUGCACGUGCUCAGCAGCGUGGCCGACGAGCCACAGGCCUUCCUGGAGCCCGUGUCCCAGGGGGCGCUGUCCUUGUCCAGUUCCACUCUGCCCGCCUUGGCUGGCAUUAGCGACUCAGCCGCCAGCCCUCUGGGGGCUACAGACUCUACCGUGGACUCGGAAGACGAGGAAGACGAUGACGAAGGGGACGAGUCUGAACUUGACGACUGGGAACCUCGAGCCGCACAGCCGUUCAACCCUCAGAACCUCUGGUGUGAGGACUGCAGCAGCGCCAACGCGUCCGCGUGCGUGAAGCACGGGCCCCUGCACCCCAUCCUCAGCAGGCCGGUGCUGUCCAAGGCCCGCGCCAGCCUGCCGCUGGUGCUGUACGUGGACCGCUACACGGGCGGGGUCUUCUCCAAGCGCCGCAUCCCCAAGCGCACGCAGUUCGGCCCCGUGGAGGGGCCCCUGGUGCGGCCGGGCGAGCUGCGGGACGGCUACAUCCAGCUGAAGGUGUGCGUGCAGGACACGGCCAAAGAGGGGGAGAAGGUGGAGGACCUGUGGGUGGAGCUCUCCGACGAGGAGCGCUGUAACUGGCUGAUGUUCGUCCGCCCCGCCCAAAACCACCUGGAGCAGAACCUGGUGGCCUACCAGUACGGGGCGGACAUCUUCUACACCACCAUCAAGAACAUCCAGCCCAAGCAGGAGCUCAAAGUGUGGUACGCUGCUUCCUACGCGGAGUUUGUCAAUCAGAAGAUUCAUGACAUCACUGACGAGGAGAGGAAAGUUCUGCAGGAGCAGGAGAAGAACUGGCCGUGCUACGAGUGCAACCGGCGCUUCAUGAGCUCCGAGCAGCUGCAGCAGCACCUCAACAUGCACGACGACAAGCUGGACCUGGUCAGCAGAGCUAGGGGGCGCAGUCGAGGCCGAGGCAGGAGGCGAUUCGGGACAGGGCGGAGACCGGGUCGUCCACCGAAAUUUGCGAGGCUAGACGUGCCCACAGAGAGUACCGAGGACAAGAUACAGGUGUGUUUGAAAAGCUGCCUGGUGUUCCAGGACCUGCUGACGCUCCCAGGCAAGACGCCGUUUGGGGAGGGGUCUGAGAGGACCCUGAACGGGCUGAAGGGGGCCGGUUUGGGGACGCAGGGGGAGGUGCCCGAUGCGGACGUCCCACUUGAACCUCAGGGGGCACAGGCCCCGCCCGUCAGCGGAGACCCCGCCCCCGACGCCGACGCCCCGCCCCCGGGCACCACCGACGCCCCCGAGCCAGCGAAGGAGGACUCGAACCCGGGAGCCCAGCCCGACCCCCACCUCACCUCACAGGACAUGCGACGGGCCAAGAGAAUACGGAAUGCAGCGCUCCAGCACCUGUUCAUCAGGAAGUCGUUUCGGCCCUUCAAGUGCUCGCAGUGCGGCAAGGCCUUCCGCAACAAGGACAAGCUGGACCAGCACCUGCGCUACCACGGCCGCGACGGCGGCUGCCCGCUCACCUGCCAGGUGUGCAGCAAGGGCUUCCUCAGCAGCGCCGCCCUGGAGGCGCACCUGCAGCUGCACGCCGACCAGCGCACCUACUCCUGCCUGUUCUGCGCCCAGGCCUUCGACCGCCUGGACCAGCUCCGCGACCACGUGGCCGUGCACCUGGUGGACGGCUGCUACGCCUGCCCGUCCUGCCGCAAGAGCUUCACCGACUUCGUCCAGGUGAAGAAGCACAUACGCAGCUUCCACUCGGAGAAGGUGUUCCAGUGCAGGGAGUGUGACAGGGCCUUCUGCAGGCCGGACAAGCUGCGGCUGCACAUGCUCCGCCACUCGGACCGCAAGGACUUCCUCUGCUCCACCUGCGGCAAGCAGUUUAAGAGGAAGGACAAGCUGCGGGAGCACAUGCAGCGCAUGCACAACCCCGAGCGGGAGGCCCGGAAGGCGGACCGCGUGCACCGCUCCAAGACGCUCAAGCAGAAGGUCCCCACCACCGACUUCGAGAGCUUCAUGUUCAAGUGCCGGCUGUGCAUGAUGGGAUUCCGCCGGCGCGGCAUGCUGGUGAACCACCUGUCCAAGCGGCACCCGGAGAUGCGCAUCGAUGAGGUUCCUGAGCUCACCCUGCCCAUCAUCAAACCCAACAGAGACUACUUCUGCCAGUACUGCGACAAGGUGUAUAAGAGCGCCAGCAAGCGGAAGGCCCACAUCCUGAAGAACCACCCAGGGGCGGAGCUUCCCCCCAGCAUCCGUAAGCUCCGCCCCGCGGGGCCCGGGGAGCCGGACCCCAUGCUGAGCACCCACACCCAGCUGACCGGCACCAUCGCCACGGCGCCCGUCUGCUGCCCCCACUGCGCCAAGCAGUACAGCAGCAAGACUAAGAUGGUGCAGCACAUUCGGAAGAAGCACCCUGAGUACGCUCAGAUGUCCGGCAGCAUGCAGACCCCGCUGGCCACCGCCGUCAUCAGCAGCGCCCCCGCGGUCCUGAGCGCCGACGGCUCCACCGCCGAGACCGUGGUGACCACGGACCUGCUGACCCAGGCCAUGACGGAGCUGUCCCAGACCCUGAGCACAGACUACCGCACCCCCCAGGGGGACUACCAGCGCAUCCAGUACAUCCCCGUCUCACAGGCAGGGGGCGCUCUGGCGCAGCCGCAGCACAUCCAGCUGCAGGUCGUGCAGGUGGCUCCGGCCUCCUCGCCCCAAUCCCAGCAUUCCACGGUGGACGUGAGCCAGCUGCACGACCCCCACGGAUACAGCCAGCACUCCAUCCAGGUGCAGCACGUCCAGGUGACUGAGCCCGCCCCCAGCGUGCAGGGCUCCGCCCAGGUGACAGGCCAGCCCCUAAGCCCCUCCUCCCAGCAGGCUGGUCAGGAUCUGAGCCCCGUCCAGCUGACCCCCGUGACCCUCGCUCAGAGCCACGCCUUGCAGACGCCCUCCUCCCAACAGCAGGGGGCGCUGCAGCACACCUACCUGCCCGGAAACUGGAACUACAGGAGCUACGCGUCGGAGAUCCAGAUGAUGACCCUGCCGCACGCCCAGUACGUCAUCGCUGAGACAGGCGCCCCGGGGACCGCGAAGGGGUGUCAGACGCACUACGUCAUCUCUGAGGGACAGGCGGAGCUGGACACCAAACCGGCCGCCGUACCCCAGAACACCCCCCAGGUGCACCCCGACCAGCUGGAGCAGCCGAACACCAAUCAGCAGGCCACUACGCAGUACAUCAUCACCACCACCACCAAUGGCAACGGAGCCAGCGAAGUCCACAUCACCAAGCCCUGACCUAAGCCCCGCCCCCCUCCGCCCCUCAGGCUCCAUUCGCACCCUCUGGGACCGGCGUUUCGGCGGGAACUUACUGCUGUACCGCCCCCUGGCCCAUGUGCCCAAACGGGCGUGGCCCCCCGCCACAGGGUCCUGCCCCAAUGCUCUCUCUGUCUCUCUCUCUCACUCUAUCUCUCUCUCUGUCUCUUUCUCUCUCUCCCUCUUCCUCCCUCCCCCCCCCUCUCCUGAAUGACUGUGCCAGUCACUGGCUGACCUACAAACUGCCAAGACUACUAAAAAACAAAGAAGGAACGCAAAGAAAGAAGGAAAGCAGCCGCCCGUGUAUUUUUUAUUUAUUUUUGAGGCUCAGCGGUUAAUACUGUGGCCGUUUGGUUUGAUGCUGAGAAGAACUGCGUUAUUGUGGUCGUUGAGAAACACUGGAAGGUGUUUCACUAAGGUGCUGAGAUCCUUUUACACAGACGGGUUACAGCAAGAAGCUCCCUCCUCUCUCCCUUCCCUGCCCUCUCUUUCUCUGUCUCAAAUUCAAAAGCAAAUGUCCUUCGUUGCCAUGACAACACAAGCAACCGACAUCAAAUGCAGAUCAACAAAUCACUCUCCUAAAAAUGACUCGGAUCUCCCCGUUCCUCUAGGACAGGCCCCCCCCCAGCCUUCUGCAGUUCAUUCAUUAUGAGGCCCACCCCGGUGAGAAAGUCCAGGGACUGAAAGCGUUUUGUCCAGCUGUUGUAAUAUCACGGCAGUGCAAAAUUAGCAGGAACACGGUGAACCCGCACACAGUGGGUUUUUUUUAAACUGCUGUGAUGAAUGAAGGCCUGUUCUGCGUCUCCUUGGUGAGGAGAGAAUGUUUGCCCCCCCCUCCACACAAAGGC